CCAUUCAGGAAACUCAAUUCAGAGGUCGUCUACAUGGAAACAGCUAAAGCGUUUUGGAAGAUUGAGACAAGAUGGCGCUUCAGUACAUGAAUCAAAACAGUGUAGGCCUAGGCCGCCUAUAUACUGAAGUAUCUGCGUUGUUUAGUUAUUGAGUUCCCUAACAAAUUCUGAAAAGCAAUCAAGAUGCCUACAGGUUUGGAGAAGCAGACGGCCAAGAGAGCCACUGAUUGUGGUGAUACUCCAUUGUACGAUAGCAAAGUAGUGGCUCCUAGAAACCCAAAACUUGUUCGAGGAGACCCAGAGACAGAAAAGCUGACACCAUCUAGUUUUAUGAGAGAAAUGGCACAAUCAACGCACGAGAAACUCGCAAACACACAUGAUAUGAGGAUCCCGCAGGUCGUUGAACUUCUGGACAUGGGUGACACCACUUAUCAGAUGGUAUCGGAAGUGGACAUAGAUGAGCCAAUGUUCCAGCCCUUCCCAUCAGAAAUCACAUUUCUAAAUUAUGAACCAUUUGAAGUAUACGAAGUUCCACUGGUCCUCAGAAAUAAUGACAAAGUGCCGAGACUUGUGAAAGUAGUCCAGGCUGACUCCCCAUAUUUCAAGGUCAUUAGUCCGCAUGAUGUCAGCCACAAAGUAGCCCCCGGUAUACCAACUAUUUUCAAGGUUCAGUUCAUCCCAGAAGAAAAGAAAGACUACAUGCACGAGUUAGUGUGUAUAACUGAGCGUGAAAAGUUUAUUGUCCCGGUGAAAGCCAUCGGAGCACGUGCAAUAUUGGAUUUCCCGGAUGAUGUCACCUUUCCGACUUCUCCUGUAAAGUUCCCAUCCACAAAGAUGCUGCUUGUUCGUAACAUAGGCAACAGGGAAGCAAAAUUUUCAUUGAACACAGAGAGGCCAUUUUUUGUCAACCCAGAGAAAGGAAUAUUACCAGUUGGGGAGAGUAUGCAAAUUGAACUGACCUUUAAACCCUUGAAAGUUGGUGACCAUAGUAGAAAUUUAAUUAUCAGCUAUGAAACUAACGAAAAGGUGUACAUUAAUCUUUACGGAUGUGCCUCAGAUGCUAACGUCAGAUUAGAUAAGAGCUCUGUACGCAUUGAAAACACAUUCAUCUCAAUGGCCAAUCAGAGAGCUGUUACCAUAAGCAAUAGGAGCAAUGUGAUUGUGCACUAUCAGUGGAAGCCAUUCGCUACUUUAGAAGAGGAGAUGCAACAGAAAGAGAGAUUUUGUCAAGACCUGGAGUCGGAGGAAGCAAUGGACCAUGAUAAGUUCUUGGCGGAAUGCAUCUCUGAUCCGACUGUCCGAGAUAAAAUGGCAAUCCUCACACAGACAUUCAGCAAUAGACGCAAGCUUAUUGAGACUGACAGCAUGCUAUUCUCUGACGAUGUAUUUGUAAUUGAGCCAUCUGAAGGUGACAUCUGGCCCAACUCUACUGCUGAGGUGAAUGUGGUAUUCAAACCACAGGAGGCCGCCGUUUACUCACGUACAGCUUACUGUGACAUCACUGGCCGUGAAUCACGACUACCGUUGAGGAUUCGUGGUGAUGGAAUUGGUCCAAAACUAAUAUUCUCAUUUGACACACUUGAUAUGGGUCACAUUUUCAUUGGCUCUACUCAUACCUAUGAGGUUGUGCUUUCAAACACUGGUGACAUAGAUGCAUCAUUUCAAAAACUCUCAUCACAAACAACCUUUGGUCCAUGCUUCAAGUUUCAACCCAGUGAGGGCCUUAUUCGACCUGGAGGUCACCAGGCUGUCCUGCUUUCGUUUUGUUCCGUGCUGCUUGGUGACUUUGAUGAAGUGUUUGAAUUCUUUGUUGAUGGUUCCCCAUCCCAACUUCAACUUCAGUUCAAAGGCUGUGUAAUUGGACCAACAUUUCAUUUUGAUGUACCACGUUUGAAGUUUGGAACAAUUUCAUAUGGAUUUACGAAUAUUCAGUGUGCCACAUUGGUCAACACAGCCUUGGUGCCUAUGAACUUUGUCCUGCGAGUACCGGGAGACGGAACUGAUGACACUGUAUGUGCAACAAGUGGUGAGGUGACUUUGGGAAAAACUGGGCACAGUAAAUUCCCGAAAGAGUUCACAAUUACACCAGACCAUGGGACGAUAGAUCCUCAAAGUGAAUUAAAAAUACAGAUUCAGCUGAUAUCCAACACGUUGAAGAAAUAUGACAUGGCCAUGGUGGUUGAUGUGGAAAAAGUAGGCUCUGAGAUCCUUUCACUGCCAAUCAUAGCAAAAUGCGUCGUUCCACCAGUUGUCAUUGUCAGCCCGAUCUUAGACUACACCCGCUGCUUCCUUGACUACCCAUACGAACAGAGUGUGCAGCUGUUCAAUGAUUCUGACUUGCCAGCCAAGUACGAUCUUGUUCCCCAGGUGAUUGGAGAUCUGAGUACUAUUUUGUACACAAGUCCUGAGCCAACUGGUAUCAUUCAGCCCCACUCAGUCAUCGAUAUACCCCUGGUCAUUACACCACAGGGCCUAGAAGAGCUGGAGGCAGUAGCAGAAUUCAGUAUAUUUGGUUCCUCUGAGCUUCCACUACAAGUACAGUUGAUCUGUAUAGGGGAGGGCCCAGUUGUACAUGUGACCCCACAUGAAAUUGAUUGGGGCCAGACUCAGGUUUUGACAGAUGUUACAAGAACUGUAGAACUAUCAAAUGAGUCGUUGAUUCCUGCAGAGUUUACCUGCUCACUGGUGAGACCAAAUUCCUUAUGGAAAGUGGAACCGGCAAGUGGUGUCAUUCCACCAGAGGAAGCACUGGAAAUUAAAGUAACCGUCAACUUGGAUGACUGCAUCAAGUUCCAUGAUAAGCUAGCUAUAAGCUUUGUCAAUAGCCAAGUGCAUGUUGUCAAAUUGCAUGCAGUCGGUUUUGGUACCACAAUUGUAUCGAACCCACCGAUGACACCGUCAAUAAACCUGGGGCAUCAUUUUAGCAAUAGAUCUUGCAAGAGAAUGUUCACGUUGACAAAUAAGGGGCGAAGGCAUCAGCAGAUGUUCUGGAGUACCGAAGGGUUCCCUCACAUCAAGACCAAAAAUAAAGAUGCAUUUUACAAUCCAAAAGAUGUGAAAUACCAGCGUAUGCCACCACCUCCGCCGCCACCAAGGCCGGUCUUCACGCUGACACCAUCAAGAUUUGAGUUGGAUCCAGGCCAGAGCAUUGAGGUUGUACUGGAUGGACAGUCUGAUGAGACCAAGCUGGUGAAGGAGAGACUGGUGUGCCAUGCCAUCAUUGGAAAGUCUAGUGGCAAGGAAAAGAUCAUGAAGACAGAUAUCUCCAUUAAUUUCAUUAGUCCUCUGUUGGAGUUUUCAUCUAAACAAGUGUGCUUCAGAGUUGAUAAGCAUCCAGAUGAUGUUCUGGAGAAGCAAGUCGGUGAGCUUGAAUUUUCCAACGUCUCAUCACUUCCGCUGACCACACUCGUAAGCCUGGAGUACCCAUUCCAACUGGUCAAUGAAAAUGGGGAUGAGGUUGCAUCCAUGGAGAUUCCAGUUGGUGUUGGUGAAAUUUAUAAACUAACUCUACAGUUUGAUCCAGCUUAUGAGGAAGAUUCCGUGUCAAGGGUCGCUGAGAAGGUGCUCACAAUUAGUUACCUCGAGCACCCUCAUAUUGAUUAUAUCAGUCUUCGUGGUGAGGUAUUCUUCCCGAACCUGACAUUUGAAAAAAUGACUGUCGACUUUGGUUGUAUACUGAAUGACACGGAGGUGACACGCUACGUUAACAUCACCAAUGACAGUCCCAUGCCAGUCAGGUACCGCUGGUCAUUCCUAGAACCGGAACAACCCAUUGUAUUGUACCCACAACCAAUACCACAAGAACAAAUAGAGGAAGAGAUGAUGGAAGAUAACCCAUUGUUAGAUCAACCUCCAAUCAUAAUGGAAGAGCUGUUACAUGACGAUGCAGAGAAUGUCACUGAGAAAGGAGAACAGUGCAAUACUGAAGACCUACUUACACAAACUGACAAUACAGAGUAUGAACAAAAGGACUUGAUCCUGCCUCCAGGAGAAAUGGAAGACAAGGUGGAGAAGAAAGAAGAAAAGAAGGACCACGAAAAGAAAGAGAAAGACAAUGAACAACACGAAAAGAAGAAAGGAUCACGAAAGAGUCCACGAAAAUCAACAAGUAAAAGUGGAUCAAAAUCUGGUAAAUCCAGCAAGCUGACCGUUGAUAAAAAGGACGCGGAGAAGGAUGAGGUGAUUAGCACUGUGGUGGAACCGUCGCAGGAGACGGUUGAGACACUGACGGAUGAGAAGACCCUCCCGGAGAGGAUCCCGAGUAGUAGGUUGUCUAUCCGGCCAGCCAGUGUGGCUAGGAAGAGGAAGGCAAAGCUGGCCUACAUCCAGACAAUUACUGAGCCUACUGUAGUGGGCAUAGAAGAGGUUUUUGACAUUUUGCCUCUGUAUGGUUGCCUGAUGCCUGGAGAUUCAGAUACUGUUACUUUCACGUUUUAUGGACACACUGACAUUGGUAGCGAGGCCAAAGCCCUUUGUGAUGUUGAGGGCGGACCUCAGUACGAAUUGAGCUUAAAGGGGGAAGCUUCCCUUGUCUGCUAUUCUUUCGACUCCAAAGAGAUUGACUUUGGAAAGAGAAUGUUUGACCAAGUCAAUGAAGCCGACAUUGUUCUGCGUAAUACUGGAAAAGUUGGAUUUGAUUUUAACGCCAUCAACAUGGACCCUGCAUUUAUAAAACGCCCUUCUCCCGGUGUUCCGGUCAUGAUCCCAAAUUCAGGCCAUAUUGAAGCCCACAGUGAACAGCGUCUUACAAUCAAGUUUCUUCCUGGAAUUCCAGUCAAAUUCCAUAAAAGUUUUGAGAUCCAGGUGGCCCACUUUGAACCCGACUGUAUCAAUCUCUACGGAGAAGGUGUGUUCCCACGAGUAUCCUUUGACCUUCCCAGAUACGGAGACAUCGAGGGAAAAUAUGAUGAGCUACUGAAGGAAGCGAAGGAAAAUCUAGGCCGAGAUGUGAAGAAGUGUGAUAAGAAUGAGAGGCCUGCUACUCCUCAACAGACUGUGACUCCUAGAGAUCCAGCUCAGGAGGAUGCCAAGUCAAUAUGUUCAAUGCAGCUGCAGUCGGAGUUUCCGUCCGAGCUUGAGCUCCAAAUCGAAGUUGAAAGACUGAUGGUGAAAGAGUUUUCUUUAGAUCAACAGCAGAACAUCCAGAACAGAGAGCCAGUCCCUCCGGCUUCUACUCAAGAGGCUAGGAAUGGACCAACUCCACGUACGGGCUUAACAACUAGUCUUACCAAUCGUAGCAAGAGGGCUAAAAAACCAAAAGCCCGUUUACCUGAUUAUAUUCUUGACUUUGGAUACGUUGUUCUAGGCACUGUGCGUACACACAUUGUCAGGGCUACCAAUACUGGACAUUUUCCUGUGUCUUUUGCUGUCGACCGCAGCACGCUAAACAUGACCGGGUUCAAUGUAGAACUUGACCGUGUCAAGCAGUUACCUGGAGCACCAGAUCAUGAGACGGUAGACUUCAGGGUCAGCUUUGACCCAAGAGGUGGAAACGUGAAUUUAGGAGUGGUUGAAGCACUGGUCCCAAUUAUGAUUGUGAAUGGUCCAUCCGUGCUCCUGAGAUUGAAGGCCAAUGUCACCAUGCCAGAUAUGCAGAUUUCCACAGACUCGAUGGACUUUGGCGAGGUUCAGUGCGGCCAGUGUAAGGUCAUCACUGUCCAGUUACACAACAACCAACAUGUUCGCUGUGAGUGGUCAUCCUUACCAUCAGAUAAGGAUAAGAAAAAGAUUGAUAAGCAUGUGCCAAUGCAUCUCCGGCGGAAGAUGAAACCAGAAAAACCUAAGCCAAGAAACUUUGAGAUGAUGCCAUCUACAGGCAUGUUGUUUCCAGGACAAAGGCUGAACGUACAAGUCAAGUUUAUGCCAACAGAAGAGAAAAUCUAUGCUGAGCGGAUAGUGAUCCGACUGGCACGAAGCAGUCAACGAAUUACAUUGAUGGCCAAUGGAGUAGGCUUAGAGCCUAGGCUUGAGUUUGGCCAAACCCUGAUUGAGUUUGGUCCAAUCCUGCCACACAGCCAAGGUGAUGAAGUAGACGUCAUUGUGAAGAAUCCUUGUGGAUUUCCAAUUGAAUUCUAUUCAUUGGAAUUUGACAAACAAUAUUUGGAAGAAGAAAAGAUACUCCGUCUGAUGAAGGGUUAUGAUGAGUACGGCACCAUCUUGUUACCCCCAAGGGAUGCCGGUGAUAAGCUUCCGCAGGAACUUCUUGAAUAUUUUGAAGAACAGAAAAAGAAGGUUGAAGAAGAGGAGCAGAAGGAAAAAGAGGAGGCAGAAGCAGCAGCUGCAGCUGCUGCGGCCGCUGCAGAGACUGCAGCUAAACAAGAAGGCGAAGAAGCUACUGCAGCUACCAGUGAGAAGCGUUUGUCAUUUGAUGGUGUGGCUCUUGGUCAAGGUUCUAUCAUGGUAGGCUCAGGCCCUCAUCUAGCCACUGACCAAGAAAAGAAAGCAGUGGUCAAAGAAGGUGAAUUGACAGAGGGAGAAAAGUUGAUGGAGCUUAAGGAACAAAUUCCCCAAGGUGAAAAUAAGAAGGAUGAUGUUAGCAGCCUUGGUGUUGGUGAACUUCAAGAGAUAACUCCAGUGUCAGCAGCUAUUGCUCGCCAUCUCGGCAUAGAUCUGUCACCAGAUGGCAAGGCAGCGAUGAGAAGACGAGGAGUCGCCAUUGUCGUUCAUGGUGCCCCAUUGUCCGGUAAAACAUCUACAGCUAUCACCCUAGCCAAAUACUAUGAGGCAGCACUUCUUACCAUUGACGGUGUUGUUCUGGAAGCCAUAUCUAAUUGCAACUCCAUCCCAGGCCAGAAGGCCCGAGAACUCUGCUCACAGGCUGCCAAGGCCCAGCUUAUCAAGGAAGGUGAAGGGAAUGAAGCUCAAGGAAUGACUGCAGCUGGAGGCCUAAGUGUAGAAGCUGUCACUGCUCACGCAAUGGGCACUGGCUCAGGUUCUGUCAGCGUUGGUGGUGCCCAUAGCGUCAUCAGCAACCGCAAGACCAGCACAAUAUCUGGCCACAAGCCAGCGCACAGUACCCAGCUAGAGAGUUAUGAGAAGCCAGGUAGGAGGGACAGGAAACAGGAGGUUGAUAAUGCCACGCAGAUCUCCAGCAGUCCAACGCCAGCAGCUCCUAUUGCCAGGAGGCUUAGCGUGUCGGCUAGCGUGGCUGGGGAGGAGGGCCUGAUGAGUUGUGUCCUGCCAGAUGAGUUGCUUGUUGAGAUUCUGGCAGAGAGACUUCAACUCAACGAUUGUCACCGCGGUAUUGUGUUUGAUGGUCUUGAGACAUUGUUUAGUCCAAACCAACCGGCUACCGCCAGUGCAUUGCUAAAGGCUUUCAAUAAUCGCAAAUACAUAUACUUCAUCACCCUAAAAUUGGAACAGGCUGUAUUGCAAGCACGAGAGAAAAAAGAGAAGGAGGAAAAAGAAUUGUUGGAGAAGCAACAGGAAGAAGAGGAGAAACAAAGACUUGAAGAGAUGUCAGAAGAAGAGUAUGAUGCUCUUGAUGAAGAGGAGAAAGCUGCCAUUGAUCUCAAGAGGCUGAAAGCCAAGAAAGAAAGAUUAUUAAAAAAAGAAAUGGAAGAACGUCUGGAAAGAGAGAGAAAAGAAAAGGAACUUGCUGCCUUGAUCGAGUUACAAAAACUAGAAGAUGAAAAGAACAAGAAGAAAAAGGGAGCAAAACAGCAGGAAAAGGAUGGUGGAAAAGCCAUUGCCGGGAAGAGGAUCACUGAUUCCAAGAUGUUGACUACAGGGAGCGUUGUUGGUAUGAAGGUGAAGAGCGAUGGCAAGCAUGACCCAUCAAUUACAUCUUCAGACCAUGCCAUCAAGAUGACACAAUCUAUCGCAAUGGAAAGACCAGAGUCUCACGGUACCGCUGGCAGCGAGACGCAGGGUGAAGAGACUGGGAAAAAGAAGAGAAAAGACAAGCGCCCAAUUUCAAAUGAAAUUGUUCCUGAACCAGAAGUGGAAAAAGAUCCUGCGAAGGAAGCGGAGCUGCUGUUGGCCAAUCGGUUCAAAGCAUUUGAGCAUAGCUUCAAGGAUAUAGAUAAGCUGCUUGAUAGAUGGGACAGAACUAUAGGACAAAUUUGCCUUGAUCCCAAUGCUGAUGAUGCAGAUGCUGAUGAAACUCCUGUGCACCCUCCCUCUGGAAGAAAGGGAAGAGGAAAAAUUGACAAAGAAAAAGAAAAAGAACGCGAAAGAGAACGGUUAGAGAAAGAGCGUCUGGAGAAGGAAAAAGCAGAGAAGGAAAAGGCUGCUGAAGAUGGGGAUGAGGAUGGUGAGGAGAACAACAAGGAUGAGGUUGGAGUCUGUCACAUCCUCAUGGAUGUCUCUGAUGAAACUGACGAUCAAAUUGGUGACAGGAUCUUACAGCAAAGCAAGUUGCCUGCAAUGGCAGAGGUGAUGGAUGGUCUGGGACUAGGACCUAAUGGCCCACCUAUCCCCCCAUCUGCAUCGUUCUCAGUGGUCCCCUAUCCUGUCAAAAGAAGACCGCCUAUGGGUGGAGAUGCCAAUGGUCACUAUGUUUUUGUAGCUUCAUCACCAGAUGACCCGAAUGUUUCUAUUGAAGACAAACCAAAGGAACUUGAGCCAGAUAUCGAGCUUGGUACACCAGAACGGUCAUUUAAAGAUAGGGAUGAUCAUACAUCACUCGGCAAGACCAAGGGUAAAGACAAGGUGCGAGCAGGUGCCGAGAGCUCUAGCUCUAGGAGGCGCUCUGCCAAGAGCCGAAAUCGCAAGGGAUCAUUGACAGUCACUUCCCCACCCCCAGGAAGCACAACCCCAGGGUCUGAUGCAGAUGGACAGAGUAGUACUGGUGAUCUGUCUGCCAUUCAUGAACCAAAGUAUCCUAGAUUAAGUAUUUUCCGGUGGAUGAUUCAACCAGGUGGUGAGGUUACGCUGCGACUGAGAUUUCAAUCAGAAGAGCUUGGUCAAUUUGACCAGACGCUUAAUUUUGAGAUCACUGGCACUAGAAGACGCUAUCAGCUUUUUAACAGAGGAAUCUGUUCCUUUCCUAACAUCAGCAGGGAGCCUAGAAUUGUGUUUCCUAACCGUAAGAAGAGCAAACGAACUGAUGAAAUCGUCCACAAAAAGUACAUUCUCAGUACGGAGACCCUGAUGAUGGGACCGCUGCUGGCUGGCAAGUCCAGGGACCGUUACAAAGAGGGCAAAUAUCCAGAGAACACAGAGAAACUGAAGAUAAGCAACACGUCACCACUAGACGUGGAAGUCAGCUUCUGCUUCCAGUACGACAGCAACGCUACCACGUUCCUGCUGGACCCACCGAGCAUGUCACUAAAACCAGGGGAUGCACAGGAGCUGAGUAUUUGGGUGUAUCCGAAGAACCAGGGCUAUUUUGAGGACUCUAUAGUCUGUUGUAUUAGAGAGAAUCCAGAACCUGUAAUGUUUAAAGUUGCAUGUUAUGGCGUGAGACCUGAACUGGAGCUGGAUAAGAAGCAGCUCCACUUUGAACGAGUCUUGCUACACAGAAAAGACAACAAAACUAUUUACCUGCGUAACAGUACAUUGUUGCCGGUGUCAUGGCGACUUAGCGGCCUUGAAAACCUGGGCGACGACUUCUCAGUCACCACUGAUUCUGGCGUCAUAGAACCCAAGUCUGAGUUUGCACUCAAUGCUAAUUUUAGGGCUAUGAAACCAAUUACCUUAAAGAAGACCAUUAGACUGGAGGUCUCAGAUGCCGAGAACAUAAUGGGCCUCCUACAGACAGAGAAUAUCCAAGUGCUGGCAGAGGCAUAUGAUGUAGCCCUUGAUAUGAGCUUCCCCAAGGGUGCUGAUGGGGGCCUAGACUUUGGUGUUAUUAAAGUCUUGGAUGAGACAAAACAAACAUGUUCAUUGAAAAACAAGGGAAGAUAUGACAUUGCUUUCAAUUUUGUUUUGGAGCCCACCAGUACAUGUGGUCCCGAACAACUCAGUCUGUUUUCAGUGAUUCCACAGAAAGGGGUGCUAAUACCGAAUGACCGGCCCACCAGUGUACAAGUUAUCUUCAAAUCACGUAAAGAAAUCACAAUUAAGGACCAGCAAAUCUUAAAGUGCCAUGUUAUUGAACCAUCAGUAACAGAGGGAGGUGAGACGAUUGCCAGCAUACCCGUCAAACUCAGCGUCCGCUCUAUAUUUAGUAAGUACAACAUCUAUCCGGUGAAUGACAUCAAUUUCGGUGCUGUGUUGACCAACACUCGCAAACAACGUUCCUUUACCAUCGAGAACAAAGGCGAGUUUGACUUCAAGUACUUCAUCACCAAAAUGCAGAAGAAUGCAUCUUCUCAACAACCAGUGAUUAGAGGCAGGGUGCCACCCGGUGGAAAACGAAGUAAGUCAAGAGACGAUUCCAGCUCUGGUCGUUCGGUAAUCAGGCCUAAACGUGCUGACUCAAUGAGACUCUCAACCAGACAAGACAUGGGUGGAGGAAACCCAUCCAGAUUGCAGCUGGGGAUGUUCACCGUCUACCCAGCUUAUGGUAUGGUGGCUCCAGGUAAUCAAGUAGUCAUUCAGGUGGACUGUCUGGCUGAAUCUGAAGGCAAAGGUGACGAGGAUAUAGCCAUUGAUAUACAUGAUCGGGACCCAGCGCAGAGCCCUCAGGGUAUACCCUACAAGCUGCUCGCUGAGGCAUGCAGUCCAGGCAUCAAUGUGGUUGACAUCACAUCAGUCUUCGAGGAGCAUCGCAUCUGCAAAAAUCUCAGCGUGUUCCUCAACAAUCAUCAGUUGGACAUGGAGAGUGGCGGCGUGUAUGGAGAAGAUGAGAACAGAUUCCUCUUUGGUAACGUCCUCGUUGGAAGGAGGUCAAAAGCACGUUUCAAGAUAAUGAAUCGAAACAAGAUUUCUUGCGAUGUUGUUUUCACCUGUAAGCUAAAUUCAUCCAAGGUGUCGUCUAAACUACAAGAUAUAUUUGAAGUCGAGCCGAAUAGAGCAUGUAUUCCAGCACACAGUCAUGUGUACGCUGAAGUUACAUUCUCGCCCCCAUCCAUGCAGACCUACACAGGCAGCUUUGAAGUUGUGGUCGAUGGCUUGUCAGGAUCCCAGGCCAAGCAGAAGAACCUAGGCUUUGAAGUACAAGGGGAGGGCAACCUGCCUAGAAUUACUGUCUCCAAGCCUAGCAUUCGUAACAAGAAGGGCAGUCCUGUGUUACUCUUCUCACAAAUCCUCAUCAAUAGAACUCAGUCAUUGCCAUUUUCAUUGAAGAAUGAGGGAACUCUUCCUAGUAAGGUGGAUAUAGACUUGAAUAGCUCAGAUGGUGGAUUCAUACUCAAAGCACACAGUGAUACAAAGCUUAUCCAUCCAAUGGCAUCUGAUUACAACCCAGAGUUUGACGAAGAAGUUCCAGUAAAGCGCCCUCAUACAGCCUCGGUGAUCAUCGGCGUAGAUGAGUGUGCCAACUUCGAUGUAGUCUUCAAGCCAUCUGAACCGACUCGAUGUACUGGUACCAUCAGGGUGUCGGUAAUGGACAACCAAUAUGAGGACACCAUUGUCCAACUUGUUGGGGAAGGGUACCAGGAUGAGAUUACACUGGACAAUAUACACAGCUUCAUUGACGACAGCGAUAUUGAGAACCUUGUGGGUGCCGAGGAAGUGAUGGCUGCUCCGUCUAACCUUAUUCACUUCCGAGACUGCCACAUCGGAGAGCCACGUCAGCUGACCUUUACUAUGACCAAUCACAGCGAGGCAGACACUGUUCGUUUCCAGUGGCCAGAUCAUCCACAACUGAAAUUCCUACCCACGGUCGGACACCUUCAUGCAGGGUGUGCGAAGGACAUAUCAAUCACCUUCAAAACAGAUGAACCAGUUACCUUGCAGAAUGAAGCAAUCAAUGCCAAAAUCUCAAAGAUUACAUUUGAUAAGCCUAUUGAUCAGGUUGCCGACUGGGAUGAUCGUCUGAGAACUGUCAAGUGGGUGGACAUCACUAUGGCGUCCACCAGACCAAGCACAAAUGAUGCGACCAACAGGCCAAAGUCAACGCAAGACAUCAAGAAAGAGGAGAAGGAAAAGGAAGGGAAGCACAAAAGAGGUGCGGCAGCAGCUGCGGCGGCGGCAGCAGCAGCACAAGAACAGAUGGAGAAAGAAAGAUGCGAAGAAGAGAUGAUGAAGAAAACAAAAGAGAUGAUGGAAACACCAAGACCUUCAAAGAAAAAGGUGAUAGAGACUGAGCCUGAACCUACCCAUGUAAUAAUGGAUGAUUCCAAUCGUGAUAUAGAACUACGGGUCAGCGUUAAUGCUGAUUUUGCCAAGUUCAAAUGCAAGCCAGAUGUGAUCAACUUUAAGGACACAUUGAUGUUCCAAACUAGAGUGUACACUUUUUUCAUCGCAAACAAAGGCUCCAUUCAGCUUGAUUACAGUUGGCAAGUAGUGAUGGAAGAACUGGCCCAGCGGAAGUCUGUCAGCUUUGCAGAUGAAGAACAGUUGCGACUACCCUCUCGCUGUAGCACCAGCAUCAUGUCGGAUGUUCCUGACAUCUUUCCAUUCACAAUUAUGCCCGACGUCGGGACAAUUCCGGCUGGCAAGAAACAGAAUUUUAACAUCAUGUUCUCUCCGUUGGAUGUGCAGGAGCAUGAGGGCAGGCUAAUCUGCCGCAUUCCAAAUUUGGAACCAGGUAAACAGGGACCAGUGAUUGCCGUCCAUGGAAAGAGUGUAAUGCCAUACUGUCACUUUGAACUGGAGGACUCCGACUACAUCACCAGUGCCCGGCGUAAUCCAGAGCUGCGUGGUCCUGGAGGUGCGCCGCCUGGAGCCACUCUUGAUCCAAACACCAGAGUGAUUGAGUUCAACUCAACUGGAGUGAAUGUAAAGAACCCACGUAACUUUUACAUUGUGAAUCCAACGAGUCAAGGUUACAGUUUCUUGUGGACUUGUGAGGAUGAGCCGGACCCGAAGGAACCAGAUGUAUUCCAUUGUUUGAUUCCUAAUGGAUAUAUUAAUCCAGGAAAGAAGUUUGAGAUUCUCUUUGACUUCAUUCCUAACAAGCUGGAUAUUGUGGAGUCCUUCUGGAGAUUCACCAUUCCAGAGCAGAACAUUUCUGUGCCAUUUCUGUUGGUUGGCAAUGCAAGAGAGCCUGCCAUCUCCAUGGAUAGAUCUCACAUCAACUUUAGAUCUAUACUGCUUGGAAAUGCUGCUGAAGAAACAGUAUAUCUUGCAAAUAACGAGGACAAGCCAUUCCAGUUCUCCAUCGAUGAGACAUCAUGCCAUUCCGAGGGAUUUUCCUCUUUUGUCACUGUCACACCCAUGGAUGGAAUUAUUCCUCCUCACAGAAAGUUACCAAUAAAUGUGCACUUUGUGCCAAGGGAGCAAAAAGAAGUAAACUUCAACCUUAAAGUGAGCAUACGUAAGAAGACUCUGCCAAUCCAGUUGAACGUCAAAGCCGAGGGAUACUCGAUGUGUGCGACAUUAUUGUGUGAAGAUUCCCAAGGGACAAAAGUGGAACUCACUUCCAAGGGCCUCAAUGAGAUUAAUUUCGGAGAGAUUGAGGUCAAUGAAAAGGCGGUGCGCUCUUUGUUUAUCAUCAACACCGGUAAAUUCAACUUUGAUUUUGAAUGGAUAUUAACGUCACGCAAGAAAUCUGCACGCUAUCUAUUGAUCAACCCGGAGAAUGGAAGUGUGGUUUGCAAUGACCGCAAAAGAUGCGUCCUGGCAUUUAAACCAACGUCUACUAUGGUUCUUAGUGGGAUUGAACUUCUCCUUAAGGUGGCUAAUGGACCGACCUUCCCCAUCAACGUCGUUGGCAGUGGUGUGGCGCCAAGCCUGCACUUUUCCUUCAUCAGGCACGACUUUGGACCUUGUUUCAUCCAUCGGGCUGGUAUGCCAACCCACACAGCACUUUUGACAAUAACUAACAAGGACAACAAAGAUAUCAGUCUUGACUGUCACUAUGCUAGCACCUCAUUCCUUGAGGUACACUUCAGUGCCCAGGUCCUGCAACCAAACCAAUGCUGUGACGUACAUCUUACGUUUUACCCAAGAGAGGCAACCAAAUACCAUGAGACGAUCGCUUUUGAGGUCAAUGGACUGUCGCGUCAGAACGUAGAGAUACUGGGCCAAGGCACUGAGAUGAGAGUGGAAGUCGCAAACCCUAAGGAUAAGAAUUUGAACCUUGGAGCCUUGCGUAUUGGGCAGACAGUGAAGAAAACAAUACCGAUAAUUAACAAAAGCCCGGCACCAAUCACAUUCAACGUGGUCAUCACGCCAUUUAGUCAGGUCCUACAGCAGCUGCCAUAUGUGCUGAAUCUAUCACCAAGUCACUCUAUCACGUUGAAACCGAAAGGAGGGACCUACAACCUGGAUAUGUUAUUCACGCCAAAGUGUCGUAUUCCACAGUUUACUGAAGAGGUGAUGCUAGAAUGUGAAGGUUUAUCACAACCAUUAUUUGUUGUAAAUGGUUCGUGCCAAGGUAUAGAGAUCACCCUAGACCGGGAUUCCAUUCCGUUUGGUGCAGUUUCUCUCAGGAGUAGCACCAAAAGGAAGUUACUGAUGUACAACACAGGAGACAUAGGAGCAGCAUUUAAAUGGAAUCUUGAGCAUUUUGCGCCAGACUUCAACAUCAGUCCGGUGGCUGGUUACAUCUCACCAGGCAUGACGGUCUCAUUUGAGAUAACAUUCCAACCUCAAGAACUCUGCCAGGAUGUCAGAUAUGAUAAACUACGUUGCACCAUAGAGGGUAGUAAACCAUUGAAGCUGGUUCUGACAGGAAUGUGCGUAGGGUGUGUGCCAAUGAAAGAGACACUCCACUUUAACACACACGUACGUGUAAAAGAAACUCGGUCUGUUAACUUGCACAACCGCUCAAACCUUCGCUGGAAUCUGAAGCCGGUAAUCGAGGGAGAGCACUGGUCUGGCGCAGAGAGUAUAAUAGUUGACCCACAGUCCAGCAAGCCAUAUGAGGUCACAUACCGACCUCUAAUUAUGACGCAUGAAGGGAAGAAGCAUACCGGUGCUGUUUUCUUCGCACUGCCAGAUGGCAAUGGUCUGUUGUAUAAUUUAACUGGUGUGUCAGAGCCACCUAAAGCUGCAGGCAACAUACAGCGAGAAGUUCCAAGCAAGACACACUAUACAGAACUUCUGUCAGUGUCCAACUGGCUCAAACGACCUCAGCGAUUUAAAGUUUAUAUUGAGAUGAUAAAGCCAGAUAAACUUGACCCAGCCACAACCCUCAAGGGUCUGGACUACAUUGAUGUACCUGGUCUGGCUAAGAGAGACUACAAACUUAACUUCUACUGCCAUAAGGAAUCUUCUUAUGCAGCAAAGGUUGUUUUUAAGAAUGAUCAAACACACGAGUUCCAGUUUUAUUACAUCACGUUAAAGAGCCUUGCACCAGACAUCAUCAGCACCAUUGAGAUGAUCACACCAGUGCGACUGACAACCUCCAAGACCAUAGUGAUGGUGAACCCACUGGCAGUUUCUGUCACGUUCCAGACCAACUGCCAAGCCUCCGAUAUUAUGCUGCCAACACAGCUGGUUAUUCCACCACAGUCUGAGGGUAGCCUAGUAUUUGAAUAUCUCCCUCUCAAGGUAGGCACAACACAGGGUAAGCUGACCCUAACCAGUGCAGAGCUAGGCCUCUACCAGUACAAUCUGGCGCUAACUGCUACGGCUGCUGGCCCAGAGAAGGCAGUUUACUUCCGGGCACCCCUGGGAGGCAACCAUGUACAGGUCGCACGCUUCAUUAAUUAUGCCAAGAUGAAGGCCGAGUACACUUGCAAGAUUGACAGCAGUGAGUUUCAUUGCGAUAAAGCUGUAACAGCAGCUCCUGGAUCUGCAGGAGGCGGCACUGAGGUCAACCUUGAUGUGACCUUUGAACCAUCACGACUUGGGGAGACUCGUGCAACAUUAACAGUCAGCUCACCUUUAGCCGGUGAAUAUACAUUCCCAUUGUUCGGGACGUGCAUAGCACCUAAGCCUCAAGGACCUUACACAAUCAAAGCAAAUUCUACCGCUUCCAUCCCAUUCCGGAAUGUGUUCCCGCAUUCCACGGCAUUCACAUUCCAGGUAGAUAAUCCAUCAUUCUCCUGCAAGACAGGUGAUACAAUCCGUGGGAAAAAGACGCAUAAUAUCAUCGUCGGUUUUGAGGGGAACCAGGAUGGAACAAAAGCACCGAAAAUGGGCAAGUUGGUGGUGACCUGUCCGAGAUCAGCUGGCGGUGCUUCUAGCGUGGCUUGGACAUAUUAUGUACGUGGUGUCACACCUUAGUAAAAUUUCACUUGUAUGUAAAUACAGACCUGCUCCUUUUGAACUGCAAGUAGUGGAUCAUUUAUCACUCGCAUAAUGUGUAUUUAACCCUGAAUGUAUCUUCUCUGAUCCAACCAAAUGGCUACUUCGGUCAAGGGGAUAAUAUUAGCCAGUUCAUUUGUCACAGCUCUGGCAAAACCAGCCGUUUAUAGGAAAAUUCAAAAUUGAGUUUUUGGUGUUUUUAAAUUCUGUAUGAAGUUUUCUUUAAAAAAGUGUUUAUUUGAUGGAAAUUGGUUGAGUAUUUUAGCGAAGU